AAAAACAGAUUCAAACCUUUCUUCUUCUUCUUCUUCUUGCGUUCUCCAGAACAAACCAAUUUCCAAUCAAAUCCUCUUUCUUCAUCUCCACAAAUCCAAUUCCUGAGAUUUUCUCGAAGAACGUACGUAAUCCGAUCUCAUCUUUCGCAAUCAUCAACCAUCGAUGGAAGUCGAAGAAGAAGUUAAACGAAUCAUAGAUGAGGUUAAGGACCUUCAUGACUCCGCCGCUUCAUUCAUCUCAUCAUCUUCUCAACAAGAGCUCUCUCUCCGUCAAAAAGCCUCCGCCGUUGAUUCCUCUAUCCGUCGUCUCCACUCUACUCUCGUCUCCAACAAAAAUCUCGAUCCUAAACUCGUCGAAAAGCUUGAGGAAGAUCUUCAUCGAGCUAGAUGCAUGCUUGUUGAUGGAGAAACAUCUUCAUUUCUACCAUCAAAACCUCAAGGACGUUUUGUGAGAAUGUUUUGUGGACCUGUGAAUGUUCGAGCUUUGCGUAAAGAUGUUCAGCUCAAAGUUAAAGAAGAAUACAAUCGCUACAGAGACAAGACUGCUCUUCUUUUUCUUUUUUUCCCUGCAACACUUUUAAUCCUUAGAUCUUAUUAUUGGGGUGGAUGUUUGCCUGCGUUUCCUGUUCAGCUCUAUGAGGCUUGGCUGUUGUUUCUCUAUGCUGGGUUGGCUAUGCGUGAGAACAUAUUAAGAGCUAACGGGAGCGAUAUUCGUCCAUGGUGGCUAUAUCAUCAUUAUUGUGCCAUGGCUAUGGCCCUUGUCAGCCUCACAUGGGAAAUCAAAGGUCAACCAAACUGUGUCCAGAAACAGAGAGGAGUCCAUCUUUUCCUGCAAUGGGCUAUGAUGCAAGGCGUUGCCAUGCUUCUGCAGAACAGAUACCAACGCCAAAGAUUAUACACUCGCAUUGCACUAGGAAAGGCUAAGAGAAUGGAUGUCGUAUGGGGAGAAACGGCUGGCGUUGAUGGACAAUUAUGGCUGUUAUGUCCUAUACUGUUCAUUUUACAGGUGUUUGAAGCAUACGUUGGACUGCUGUUGCUAAGAAAAACAGUAACCGGAGUUGUUAAUGAAUGGCAGGUGAUGGUUUGUGGCAUUCUUCUGGUAGUGAUGGCUGUUGGAAACUUCAUAAACACAGUAGAGACACUGAUAGCAAAAUCAAGAGUUAAGGCAAAGAUGAAGAGAAGUAAAAGCAGAGCAGAGCUUAAUUAGACUUCACAGGUCUCAUCUGUUAAAAUCACUCGUCUUUAUUUGCAAUUCAUAAAUUUUUGUUUUCUUAGGCCACAAAAUUCACAUCCUGGGAUCUGAAAAAAAAAACUAUGAACUUCUUUUUUUUAUUUUUAUGUAAAUGGAAGUGGCAGUUGAUAUUUGAUAAUUUAAGUUGUAUUUGUACAAUUUUCAACUGACAAUUUGUAGGAUUCUAAGGGGGUGUUAUUAGUUUGUUAAUUUGUAAAUCCAUAUAGAAUUUGAAAAUU